AUGACUUCAUCGAUACUAUUUAUGCUAUCAUAUUUGUUUGCAUUUAUAUUAGCAACAAAAAUUCCGGAAGAAUCAAUUAAUAAAAUUCAUAUCCCAGAAACGAAUUGUAAAUUCUCUGUACAUAACGGUGGACCGAACGGUGAGGAAAUCUCCGGUACAAAUUUAAACUCAGAACUUUACUAUAAAAUAAAAUGUGACAAAAGAAAGGGUUACUGUUUGCACGUUGCAAAUUGUACAGUGAAAAGUGAUAGGGAAAGUAUGGAACCGUAUCGUAUCAUCAAUGAAAAUGGUUGUACCUUAGAACCAAGCUUAUUCGAACAUGUACAAUAUGAAGAUGAUUUUACUGCUGGAAUUUACAAUCCACUUCCAAUUCGAUUUCGUGGUGCCAGCUCAUCGGUGCAAUUUUUCUGCACCACAACAUUGAUACCAACAAGAACUGAUGGUGAAUGCUCACGCAAAAUGUGUACCUGGAAUGAAUAUGGUGGAAAUCAUAAUUUUGAGAAAAAAAAUUAA